UGCAAGAGAGGUGUUGAGCAUGCAUCCGUCUCCACUGUUAUCUGAGUGUGUUCAGAUGGGGUAGGAGAUGCGCUGCACGGUACGGGGGCACAGUGGGAAAAGCCUGGCAACUCUGCGGAAGCUUUUUAUAGACAUAUGGAGCAGCAAUAAGUCCAAACGGCAUCAUUUCUGGACCCAAGCCACAAAAGCCAAGAGAAGACAAGCUAUACUGAAAUACUGGUGUGGGCUAGCUGAACUGGAUAUCCGGAACUCUCUUUGUCUCGGGUGAUGGUUCUUCAUAGCAGUGUCUGUCAGGAUUGCCUCUGAGGGAAGCAAUUUUUGGCUCGUCCUCCCAGGUGUCACAUCGGAUGUGUUCUUUUUCUGCCAGCACGAUUGGCAGUGUAACUUGUUCUCACUAUUCUCAGUGCACUUUUUGGAUACAUAUAUUCUUCACAUCAAAUAUUGAUGGAUCCUGAUCUGAAGGCUUUCUCGUCAACGGAAAAGACACUUUAUUCUAUAUGUUUUUGAAUAAGCGGAGUUGCGAUGGAGGAUGCACAUGUAGAUUUGGAGAAUCAGUACAAAGAUUGACAGAUGUCCCACAUAAGGCAGUAGACUGACUUUCGAUGUUCCUGGACUGAUUUCAAAGUUUCCUAACAUCAGCAAACAACUAUGCUAAGACCAGAGAAUGGGUCUUUCAUUCAGAUAGGAUCAAACAACACUGUGGUGGGCUUCAGACAUGAAGCCCAGUGUCCUGUCCCCUCCUGGCUGCCGCUGCUGCUGUCGUCCCCAUGUGAAGGAUGUUUCACGGCACAGCGCUAGGAUCAUUUGAACCGAGCCAGAGCCCUGACCGGAGAACAGAGAUCCGCAGGCACAUUAAGAUGGUCAUGGAACAGCUGGAGGAAGUUCUUGCUGAGCUCAAGGAUGUGGCGAAAGAGCUCCGGGAGGUUGUGGCACAAAUUGACAAGUUAACAUCAGAUAUCGACCUCGACUCAGACGAUGACCUGACACUAGUGUGUUGCAGCGAGGACCGUAGUGACCUCUUGCUCAAUGAGACAUUAUCCGACAACCACUUACUGCACAAUCCUCUGCUAGACACGGUCCGCAACCCCACCACAGCCAAGAAACAAGAAUUAGAGCUGUACCGCAGAAGCUGUGGAGACUUGCCUGCCCUCAAUGGACCAUUAAAGGCCUCAAACAGCCCUAAAGCCUCCUGGCUCUUUGGAUCUGGAGGACAGCUCCAUUACUACGACAAGACGCUAUAUCACGCUUUAUGCUGUGACGAUGAUGAUUAUGACGAAGAUAGAGGUAGAAGGAGAUCGUCGAGGCUAUCGUCCACCGAUUCUGUAUUUUCAUCUUCACCUCCGAGGUUUCUGACACCUAGAUGCAACCGUAAAACUUACUCCAGCCCGGACUCGAAGAAAAUAGCUUUACGUAGCUGCAGUACGCAAACUGUUUCUGAUAAAAGCACACAAACUCACUUCCCAUACAUUCCAGGCAAGCAAAGAGCUUCGAGUGACUACAAGAACUGAAACAUUCCACAAAGACUUAGAAUAGAUAACCCAAAACGAAACAUCUGUCAUUAAUUUUUCACCCUCAUGCUGCUCUGAAACCAUGACUUUCUUGCUUCUGUGGAAUGCAGAAGGUGAAUUUUCUCAAAAUAAUCCAAGUGAGAAAGAACUGGGUAUGUGAAGCUGCAAAAUGAACAAAAAAAAAGUCAUGAACAUAAAAAUAGUCAACAUGUAUGGAAGCCCGUUUCCACCACUGAAUAAAAAAUAAAUAAUAGGUAUUGUGCAUUAUUUUUUUUUUCACAAUUUUGAGUUUACAUCUCGCAAUUCUUAUAUUUUUUCAGAACUGCACAAUACAAACCUGUAAUUCGGACUUUUUUUCUCAGAAUUGUGAGACAUAACACGCAAUUUAAAGUUAUUUUUCUCAAAAUUCUGACUUUUUUCACGCAAUUGAGAGUUUAUCACAAUUCUGACUUUUUUUUUGCAAUUCUGUUUUUUUUCAGAAUUGCAUGACAAACUCGCAAUUGUGAGAAAAAAGUCUGAAUAUAUCACAAUUCUUUUUUCAUAAUUGCAUGAUAUAAAGUCGCACUUGUGAAAAAAAAGUCUAUACAUAUUGCAAUUCUGACUUUUUUCUUGCAAUUGCGACUUUAUAUCUCUCUUUUCCUCAGAAUUGCAUGAUAUAAACUCGCAAUUCUGACUUUUUUCUCGCAAUUCUUUUUUUUUCGCGUAAUUGCAAGUUUAUAUCUCGCAACUUUUUUCUUGCAAUUCUGACUUUUUUUCUCAAAAUUGCAUGACAUAAACUCGUAAUUGUGAGAAAAAAUAAACAGAAUAUAUUGCAAUUUUUUCUCGGAAUUGCGAGUUUAUAUCUUGCCAUUCUGGCUUUUUUUCUCGCAAUUCAAACUUUUUGCUGCAAUUCUGACUUUUUUCUCAGAAUUGCGAGAUAUAAAAUCUUAAUUAUGGGAUAUAAACUCACAAUUCUGACUUUUUUCUUGCAAUUGUGAGGUUACAUAAAGCAAUUCUGAUUUUUUUCGCAAUUCUGACCUUUUUUUCUCCCAAUUGCGAGUUUAUACAUCGCAUUUUUUUUUUUUUUUUUUUUUUUUUUUUUUUUGAAUUGCAUGAUAUAAACUUGCAAUUGCAGAUUAUAAAGUCAGAAUUGUGAGAUUAAAACGUGCAAUUCUGACUUUUUUCUCACAGUUCUGACUUUUUUCUUCAGAAUUGUGUGAUAUAAAUUUGCAAUUGUGAGUUAUAAAGUCCAGUCAAACUCGCAGUUUUAUCAAUUUUGUGUUGCAAAGUCAGAACUGUCAGAUAUAAACUCGCAAUUCUCAGAAAAAAGUCAUAAUUGCGAGUUUAUAUCAGAAUUUGGAGUUUAUAUAUGGCAAUUCCGAAAAAAAAGUCUUGUAUUGAAUUGUGUGAUAAAAAGUUGCAAUUACCGAAAACGGCCUUCCAUACAUAUGACUCAUUCACUGCAUUUAAAAUCCUCUGAAUAUACACUAUGGCCAAAAGUCUGGAAUAAUUAAGAUUGUUCAAUGUAUUUGAAAGUCUCUUCUGCUCACCAAGGCUGCAUUUAUUUGAUGUAAAGUACAGUAAAACAUUAUUUUAAAAAGUUAAAUAUUAUUACAAUUUAAUGUCUUUAACGUCUUUUCUGUUACUUUUGAUCAAUUCAGUGCAUCCUUGGUGAAUGCAAGCAUUCAUUUCUUUCUUUCUUCCUUCUUUGUUGGAUCUUUUCAGAGAAUAUGUUCAUUCAUUUCACAAUACCAGUCUGAAUGAUUCAUUCUUUAAUCAGAGCUACUUUUAUGAUAUUUUAACAAAACUUUCAUGAUGCCUUUGUCCUUUUUGAAGCUUGAAACAUGGAAAAGAGUGACCAAAAUAUCUCCUUUGUGUUCAUCUGAAGAAUGAAAGUCAGUGAAAUGACAUGAGGGCGAAUAAAUGAACAGAAUUUUCAUUUUGGGCUGAACUAAUCGUUUAAAUUAGUUUGAAAUGAUUUUGAACUGUGCCAUCUGUAUUUAUAAAAUGUUCAGGUCAAUAUUUAUGAUAAUGAAUUACCGUCACGGAAAAACCUCAGUUCUCGUGGAGUUUGCAAAGAACAAUUUAAACAUCGUUUUAGAUUCAUUACAAGACAUUAUACCAAUAUCGAAACAAUCAUGCAUCUCAGCAAAACAUUAACACCAGUCCAAAGCCCCCUAAAGAGUGAGAAUUGGUUUCGGUCACACCCACACUGUGCGGUAAAUAGACACAGUUAAAUUAACCAAGUGCUACACUUCCCCAAAGAAUUACUAGAAUAUAAAUAAUGUGCUUUAUAUUAGGCUGUUAUGUCUGAAAAACCCCAAGUAAAUUCUGAAUAAAAUUAUGAAUACAACUUCCUGCCAGACGCUUCAUUCCGAAUCAUCUUCCUCUCACCAGGACGUUAAUUACUAAAACUGUUUUUCCUGUGAUGUAUGCACAAGUUUACUAUGGUAACCAUAGCUGUGACAAAAAAAAACUGCCUCAUUAGCCAUUGCCACUAAAAUAAAAGUGAACAAUAAAGUUUUUCAGUGUUUAAAGUAGACGCAUUUAUUCGCGACGGUUACUAAAGCUCAUAUUUGCAUAUAAGGCUCAUAUUGGAUGAUUACUGCCAUAAUCAGCGUUAAUGAUUUGAACAAUCCUCUAACUGUGUUACAUUUUGCUGUGGAGCUCAUACUGCAAGGUCUAUACUAUAGACAUGAAUGAUGCCUCAAAUAAGGUGUUAUUACUUUUCUAAGCAAUCAUAUCUGUAGACUUGUUUUAUCUUAAAACCAUAACAUCAAAUAAACUUGCAAGAAACAACCAAAACUCCAAAACAAUAAAUUAAAAACCAUUUAGAACCAAAAAACAACAUCCAGGCAACAUCCACUCACACUUUCUAAAGAAACUACACUGACCAAAAUUAUAAACGCAACACUUUUGAUCUAAGACUUUUUCUAUGUACACAAAAGGCCUAUUUCUCUCAAAUAUUGUUCACAAAUCUAAAUCUGUGUUAGUGAGCACGUCUCCUUUGCCGAGAUAAUCCAUCCACCUCACAGGUGUGGUCUAUCCGGGAACUUUGUACAGAUCCUUGCAAAAUGGGGCCGUGCGUUAUUAUGCUGCAACAUGAGGUGAUGGUCAUGGAUGAAUGACACAACAAUGGGCCUCAGGAUCUCGUUACGGUAUCUCUGUGCAUUCAAAAUGCAAUCAAUAAAAUGCACCUGUGUUCAUUGUCCAUAACAUACACCUGCCCAUAACAUACACCUGACCAUACCAUAACCCCACCACCACCAUGGGCCACUCGAUCCAAAAUGUUGACAUCAGCAAACCGCUCACCCACACGACUCCAUACACGCUGUCUGCCAUCUGCCCCGUACAGUGAAAACCGGGAUUCAUCCAUGAAGAGAACACCUCUCCAAAGUGCCAGAUGCCAUUGAAUGUGAGCAUUUGCCCACUCAAGUCUGUUAUGACGACGAACUGCAGUCAGGUCGAGACCCCGAUGAGGACGACGAGCAUGCAGAUGAGCUUCCCUGAGACAGUUUCUGACAGUUUGUGCAGAAAUUCUUUGGUUAUGCAAACCGAUUGUUGCAGCACCUGUCCAUGUGGCUGGUCUCAGACGAUCUUGGAGGUGAAGAUGCUGGAUGUGGAGGUCCUGGGCUGGUGUGGUUACAUGUGGUCUGCGGUUGUGAGGCCGGUUGGAUGUACUGCCAAAUUCUCUGAAACGCCUUUGGAGACGGCUUAUGGUAGAGAAAUGAACAUUCAAUUCACGGGCAACAGUUCUGGUGGACAUUCCUGCAGUCAGCAUGCCAAUUGCACACUCCCUCAAAACUUGCAACAUCUGUGGGAUUGUGCUGUGUGAUAAAACUGCACAUUUUAGAGUGGUCUUUUAUUGUGGCCAGCCUAAGGCACACCUGUGCAAUAAUCAUGCUGUCUAAUCAGCAUCUUGAUAUGCCACACCUGUGAGGUGGAUGGAUUAUCUUGGCAAAGCAGAAGUGGUCACUAACGCAGAUUUAGACAGAUUUGUGAACAAUAUUUGAGAGAAAUAGUCUUUUUGUGUACAUAGAAAAAGUCUUAGAUCUUUGAGUUCAGCUCAUGAAAAAUGGGGCAAAAACAAAAGUGUUGCGUUUAUAAUUUUGGUCAGUGUACAUAAAUCUGAUGAUGUUUUUACAUCUAUAAAUGACUCCCUUUGUGUUCUGAUGAAGAAAAGAACCAUUUUCAAAAGAUAUGGCUAAAUAAACAACAACAGAAUUGUAAUUUUUGGGUGUACUGUCUCUUUAAGGCUUAUUUUGUAAGGAUAAAAUGCCCAGCGGUGUCUGUAAUCAUAAGUGUCGACAGUACAGCGGGUCAGACGGAGGAAAUUAAUUAAGAGGCAAGAUUCAAUGUCCGUGGUGUCAAACGCAUUUGUUGUGCCAUGUCUGAACUUUGACAUUGCUGGCUUAUUGCUUCAAAAGACCUCACAAGGCCGUGAUCUGAGUUCAUCUGUCAGUGUGAGUGAGGUAAUUUAAUUGGAGUCUAAAUCAUAAAGCUUUACCUCGGGCCCAUUUCAACUAGAGAUGACUGUUACGCAAUCAUCUAUAAUAAAAAGCCAAUCACUGAAACUGCCUUCAAGGGACACUGUGCAGUUCUUUUUAUAGAAUACCUUUUAAUCCUCUAUACAAGUAAAGACCAAUUAUAACUAAGGCAAACACAAGGUUAAAGAGUAGAGUCUAGUGAAUAGAGAAUAGUGCACUCAACAUUGCUAAUAUUGUGGUAACAUUGAAAUGAACUGCAAUUAUUAAUAUUAGUUAUUCAUAUAGUGCUUUUGUUAGAAAUUGUAUUAAUCUUCUUUGAUCAAACUUAGAUUUAUUUUGUAUUUCUUUGUUUUUUUAGAUUAUGUUUUUAUUUAUUUUUUUUGGAAAAGCAAUACAUUAUGUAUAGAGCAGUGUUAUUGUAGUCUAUUUUUAGUAUUAGUAUUUAUAGUUUUUGUUAAUAUUUUGAAUUUGAUUUGAUUUUAUUUAUUUAUUAUUUUUUUUAAGAUUUUUUUGUAAAAAUAUUCUGAUCCGUUAUAUAUGUAUGUAUGUAUAAAUAUAAAUAUUUAUAUAUAAUUCAAAAUUUUGUUUUUAUUGUUACAUUUUUCAGAGUAUUUUUGUAUAAAAAUAUUCAAAAUAUUAGAUUUAAUUUUUCAUUUAUUUAUUUAGUUAAUGCAUCUUAUUUAAUCAACCUGACUAAAUUU